UUAACUGACUGUAAAAUUUAACCGCUAAUUUCGGUGUGUCAUUUCUCAGCAUUUUCUGUGUUUGUUUAUAAGUUUCCCUUUUGGAUUAGAAUUUUUAAAAUUAUCGUCCAAAGUUAUUAUUGAGAAAUUAAACUAACUAAUAGAAAAUGUUUAUGACAAGAUCUGAAUAUGACAGAGGUGUGAACACCUUCUCACCUGAAGGCCGUUUAUUUCAAGUGGAAUAUGCUAUUGAAGCCAUAAAAUUGGGUUCUACAGCUAUUGGUAUCCAAACUAGUGAAGGUGUUGUUCUUGCUGUGGAGAAGCGGGUUACUUCUCCAUUAAUGAAGCCAGUAACUAUUGAAAAGAUUGUAGAAAUUGAUAAACAUAUUGGCUGUGCUGUAAGUGGUUUAAUGGCUGAUUCUCGUACUAUUGUGGACCGUGCUCGUGUUGAAGCCCAGAAUCAUUGGUUUGUUUAUGAUGAACGAAUGUCUGUGGAGAGUAUUGCCCAAUCAGUUUCAAACUUAGCUAUUCAGUUUGGUGAUAGUGAUGAUGAUGGAAAUGCCAUGAGUCGGCCUUUUGGUGUUGCUAUUUUAUUUGCGGGUGCUGAUCCAAAGUCAGAUCCCCAACUCUAUCAUAUGGAUCCGUCUGGUACUUAUGUCCAGUAUGAUGCUAAGGCAAUUGGUUCUGGUUCAGAAGGAGCUCAACAAGCUUUGCAGGAGCGCUAUGACAAACGAAUGACACUAAAAGAAGCUUUAAAUGCAGCUCUUACUAUUCUUAAGCAAGUUAUGGAAGAAAGAUUGAAUUCUUCUAAUAUUGAAGUUGCAACAGUGACAAAAGAACAAGGUUACCAUAUGUUUGCAAAGGAUGAAGUUGAAAAAGUCAUACAGGGGAUUUAGUUGUUGUUUUUUUUUAAAAUCCUAAAGAACAUUUUCACAAAGACUUGCACUCAAUAAAUUAUGAUUUUCUUAA